AGAGAGAGAGAAUGGUGUGCUUUCUUGUUCUCUUACAGGGUACAAUGUUAAAAAGCCACCGCUAGUCGCCCCCAGUGCUCCGACUCUCUGGGUCUUUUUGUCUCUCUAGUGCAGAUUAAACGUCACGUCCGCACUUGAACUUGAAUUUUAUCCCAUUGUACAGAGGCAGCCCCAGCCAGAGAGAGACCGAGAGCUCCCAGAGAACCCGGACUCCGCCAUCUUCACGUUGCCAUCUAUAGCUCCCAGUCCGCGCCCGCACCGACCCAGGCGCACUGGGCGAGCCGCCCCGCAGCCCAGCUCCCCCCGGGCCCGCGGCGCCAGGGGAGCGCGGGGGAGCGCUCGCGGGGACCCAGCAGCCUCUCGGCCGGCGCCAGCCUGCCAGGUGAACUGGGAAGGAGCCGCUCCCGGAGUCCCCCCUGAACCUCGGAAGGGUCAGUCUCCGAGAAAAAAACCAGGCAGCCCGCAGAAAAUCCAGAAACAACCGAACCCGGGCAGUUUUCCAUUGCUUUGGGUUUUUUGAGGGGGCGGGGUGAGGGGGUACGCGACAAGUCCCCAAGUUUUCUUUCCUUUUUCUUUUUCUUUUUCUUUUUUCUUUUUUUUUUUAUUUGUUUGCAUUUUUUUCUUCUUCCCCCCUCUCCUGGUAGAAGUGCGCUUUCCACCUACCAGACCCUGAAAGAAAAGUGUCAGGAGCCGGUGCAAAAUCCGGUUUAAGUCCAAGAAGACAUCUGGAAGUCCAGGAGGCCAAGCAGUCUGAAGAAGUGCAAAGGAUUUUUUUUUUCUUCUAAAGAAUAUAUUUUUAAGGAAACCAGCCAGUCCCCGGCAAGCAAGAGCAGAUUUUUUUUUUUUUGCCUCUUUCUCCUAUCGAGGUUUUUCUUCUCUUUUCCUUUUUGCAAACAAAACAAAAAACAGCAUAGAAGAAAGAGCAAAAUAAAGAGGAAGGGGAGGAAGAGAGGGCAAGAGAGGAAGGGGGCAAAAACCAAAACACCAACCCGGGCAGAGGAGGAGGCGCGGCGGCGGCGGCGGCGGUGGCGGCGGCGGCAGCGGCGGCGGCGGCGGCGGCGGCGGCAGCUCAGACCCCCGCCCCGGCUCCCCUCAUCAGAGCAGCUCUCCGGGCGAUGCCAGAAUAGAUGCCGGGGCAAUGUCCCGCCGCAAACAGGGCAACCCGCAGCACUUGUCCCAGAGGGAGCUCAUCACCCCGGAGGCUGACCAUGUGGAGGCUGCCAUCCUUGAAGAAGACGAGGGUCUGGACAUAGAGGAGCCCGGCGGCCUGGGGCUGUUGGUGGGUGGCCCCGACCCUGACCUGCUCACCUGUGGACAGUGUCAGAUGAAUUUCCCCCUGGGGGACAUCCUGGUUUUUAUAGAGCACAAGAAGAAGCAGUGUGGCGGCAGCCUGGGUGCCUGCUAUGACAAAGGCCUGGACAAGGGCAGCCCGCCGCCCUCCUCGCGCUCCGAGCUCAGGAAAGUGUCCGAGCCGGUGGAGAUCGGGAUCCAAGUCACCCCCGAUGAAGAUGACCACCUGCUCUCGCCCACGAAAGGCAUUUGCCCCAAGCAGGAGAACAUGGCAGGUAAAGAUGAGCCUUCCAGCUACAUUUGCACAACAUGCAAGCAGCCCUUCACCAGCGCGUGGUUCCUGCUGCAGCACGCGCAGAACACGCACGGCUUCCGCAUCUACCUGGAGCCCGGGCCCGCCAGCAGCUCCCUCACGCCGCGGCUCACCAUCCCGCCGCCGCUGGGGCCCGAGGCCGUGGCCCAGUCGCCGCUCAUGAAUUUCCUGGGCGACAGCAACCCCUUCAACCUGCUGCGCAUGACGGGCCCCAUCCUGCGGGACCACCCGGGCUUCGGCGAGGGCCGCCUGCCCGGCACGCCGCCGCUCUUCAGUCCGCCCCCGCGCCACCACCUGGACCCGCACCGCCUCAGUGCCGAGGAGAUGGGGCUCGUCGCCCAGCACCCCAGUGCCUUUGACCGAGUCAUGCGCCUGAACCCCAUGGCCAUCGACUCGCCCGCCAUGGACUUCUCGCGGCGGCUCCGCGAGCUGGCGGGCAACAGCUCCACGCCGCCGCCCGUGUCGCCGGGCCGCGGCAACCCUAUGCACCGGCUCCUGAACCCCUUCCAGCCCAGCCCCAAGUCCCCGUUCCUGAGCACGCCGCCGCUGCCGCCCAUGCCCCCCGGCGGCACGCCGCCGCCGCAGCCGCCCGCCAAGAGCAAGUCGUGCGAGUUCUGCGGCAAGACCUUCAAGUUCCAGAGCAAUCUGAUCGUGCACCGGCGCAGCCACACGGGCGAGAAGCCCUACAAGUGCCAGCUGUGCGACCACGCGUGCUCGCAGGCGAGCAAGCUCAAGCGCCACAUGAAGACGCACAUGCACAAGGCCGGCUCGCUGACCGGCCGCUCCGACGACGGCCUCUCGGCCGCCAGCUCCCCGGAGCCCGGCACUAGCGAGCUGGCCGGCGAGGGCCUCAAGGCCGGGGGCGACUUCCGCCACCACGAGAGCGACCCGUCGCUGGGCCACGAGCCCGAGGAGGAGGAAGAGGAGGAGGAGGAAGAGGAGGAGGAGCUGCUGCUGGAGAACGAGAGCCGGCCCGAGUCGAGCUUCAGCAUGGACUCGGAGCUGAGCCGCAACCGGGAGAACGGCGGCGGCGUGGCUGGGGUGCCGGGCGCGGGCGGCCUGGGCGGCGCGGCCAAGGCGCUGGCCGACGAGAAGGCGCUGGUGCUGGGCAAGGUCAUGGAGAACGUGGGCCUGGGCGCGCUGCCGCAGUACAGCGACCUGCUGGCCGACAAGCAGAAGCGCGGCGCCUUCCUGAAGCGCGCGGCGGGCGACGCGGGGGACGACGACGACGCGGGCGGCUGCGGGGACGCGGGCCCGGGGGGCGCCGUCAACGGGCGCGGCGGGGGCUUCGUGCCGGGCGCCGAGCCCUUCCCCGGCCUCUUCCCGCGCAAGCCGGCGCCGCUGCCCAGCCCGGGGCUCAACAGCGCGGCCAAGCGCAUCAAGGUGGAGAAAGACCUGGAGCUGCCGCCCGCCGCGCUCAUCCCGUCAGAGAACGUGUACUCGCAGUGGCUGGUGGGGUACGCGGCGUCGCGGCACUUCAUGAAGGACCCCUUCCUGGGGUUCACGGACGCGCGCCAGUCGCCCUUCGCCACGUCCUCCGAGCACUCGUCCGAGAACGGCAGCCUGCGCUUCUCCACGCCGCCCGGGGACCUGCUGGACGGCGGGCUGUCGGGGCGCAGCGGCACGGCCAGCGGCGGCAGCACGCCGCACCUGGGCGGCCCCGGGCCCGGGCGGCCGAGCUCCAAGGAGGGUCGGCGCAGCGACACGUGCGAGUACUGCGGCAAGGUGUUCAAGAACUGCAGCAACCUGACGGUGCACCGGCGGAGCCACACCGGCGAGCGGCCUUACAAGUGCGAGCUGUGCAACUACGCGUGCGCGCAGAGCAGCAAGCUCACGCGCCACAUGAAGACGCACGGGCAGAUCGGCAAGGAGGUGUACCGCUGCGACAUCUGCCAGAUGCCCUUCAGCGUCUACAGCACCCUGGAGAAACACAUGAAAAAGUGGCACGGCGAGCACUUGCUGACUAACGACGUCAAAAUCGAGCAGGCCGAGAGGAGCUAAGCGCGCGUGCGCGGGCCGGCCCCCGCCCCUGUACAGUGGAACCGUUGCCAAGCGACAGAAUGCUGACCUGACACUUGCCUCCGUGUCACCGCCACCGAGCACCCCCGCGUGUCCCUGGGGCCGAAGGGGGAGGCGGCUCUCCAACCUAACCUGUGUCUGCGAAGUCCUAUGGAAACCCGAGUCAAAUUUGUGGAGCCUUUUAACUGUGCAAUAAUUUCUGUAUUUAUUGGGUUUUGUAAUUUUUUUUUUUGGCAUGUGCAGGUACUUUUUAUUAUUAUUCUUUCUGUUUAAAUUCCUUUGAAAGAGUUUGUUGGGUAUCCAUCCCUUCUUCAUUUUUUUUUUUUUUAAAACCCAGUAGAAGCCUGAGCAACGACUUGCAAGCAAUGUAGAGGGGAAGCAUAGCUUUUAAAUUAUAAUUUGGGAGGGAGGGCGCUGCUUUUUUGAAAUUUAAGCUAAGCAUGUGUAAUUUCUUGUGAAGAAGCCAACACUUAAAUGACUUUUAAAGUUGUUUACUUUUUUUACUCCUUUUUUUUUUUUUGGUCCUGAAAUAAAAAGUGGCAUGCAUUUUUUUUUGGGGGGGGGGAUGGGGUGGGGUGGGAGUGGAUGUACAGCGGAUAACAAUCUUAAAGUUGUAGCACUUUGUUUCAGAGUUGGAGUGGAGCUGUAGCACUGAUGAUGUCCUGAGAAAACAGGGGCCUUUUCUGCGUUGAUUUCAGGCUUUCCAUGAAUAACAGGGGUGAACUUGGAGUGGUGGGGGAGAGGCCCCCAAAACUCUGCACACUGCCAGAGACACAGGAGUUUUUGAGGGCUACCCGGGGAAUGGCCCCAGAGGAUUCUGAAAUUGUGCAUUACCAGCAGACACUACCCCCUCCUAGAAAUGGAGACAUACCCUGGGAUGCCGUCUUAGCCAUGUGCCAUAGAACAGGCUAACGUCGGCUGAGGGUACCUUUUUUGGGGUCGAUGGUGGUGGCCUGCAGUGACACAGAAAGGAAGAAACCAGCCAGGUUCUUCUGGGCUUCUUCUGGCUUGCCAGCUUCUCUCUCUCUCUCUCUCUCUCUCUCUCUCUCUCUUGUUAUCACCCUCACCACGAAAAUCCCAAGUCCUACGUUGACGUUGCUGCCCAUGAUAGUGAUGAUUGGUCAUUUCUCAAGCAGACAAGUGCCCUGAUGGUGACUGGAGGGAAGUUAGCGUUGUCAUUUCAUGCACACGUGACAUUCUAAGGCCCGGGGUGGGGGAGGGUGGGACCGUGGGAAUUUCUGUUCCCUUUCCUGAGGAAGCAGGGGAAGGCCCAUCCCAAGGUGCCCGGCGCUGCUUCCCCUUUUAGCAUUCCCGUUCGGUUGGAAGGUACUAAACCCACGAGGUUAGAUGUUUGAGUUCUGUUGACCCGCACUUUAAAGCUUUUGUUUGCAUUUAAAUGAAAUGGCUUCUAAACAAGAAAUUGCAGCAUAUUCUUCUCUUUGGCCCAGAGGUGGGUUAAAUAAGGGACGACUGAGAUUGAGUGUCAGUGUUGCUAAGCGUGGCAUUCACAAUACUGGCACUAUAAAGAACGACAUAAAAUAAUAACUUAUUGGACAGUCUCUCUACUGCCAUUCGAUUUGAUGUGAGUGCCUUGAAAACUGAUCUUCCUAUUUCAGUCUCUUGAGACAAAUGCAAAACUUUUUUUUUUUUUUUUGAAACGAAAAGACUUUUUAAAAAAAACGUAAAACGAGAAAAGUACGUUCUUUAGACACAAACAAAGCCACAUUUACUUUCAAUACGAUUUUUAAAAAAAUCCCGGUUGAAGAUAGAGGACAUGAAAAAUGCCAUCAGACCCAAUCGAGUGAAGAAAUAAACCCAGCACAACCUUGGACAUACAAUUGUUAGCUGAAGGUCCUCAGCCCCCUUUUGUUUGUGGGACAACGCUGCUUAGAUGUGGAGUGGAAGUGAUUUACUGCUGAAUUAAAACUCAAGUGACAAGUUGAUAUCGUUGAAUGAAAAACAAAACAAAACAAAAAAACAAUUCAGGAACAAUGGAUAAUUUUUUUUCUAAAGGUAAAUUUAGUGCACUCUGUCUUAAAAAUACGUUUACAGUAUUGGAUACAUACAAGGGUAACAAAAAUUGUGUGUAUGUGUGUUGGAGAGAUCAUUUUUUUCCCCCACAAAGUUUUGCUUAAUAGGUUAUAAAAGAUGCCACAGUGGCUGUGUGUAUAUUGUUUCUUUUGGUGAUGGGGUUUUAGUAUAUAUUAUAUAUAUUAAAAUUUCUUGAUUACUGUAAAAGUGGACCAGUAUUUGUAAUAAUCGAGAAUGCCUGGGCAUUUUACAAAACGAGAAAAAAAAAAACACCUUUUUUCUUUUCCUUGAAAAUGUUGCAGUAAAAUUUAAAUGGUGGGUCUAUAAAUUUGUUCUUGUCACAGUAACUGUAAAGUUGGAGUUUUAGUAAAUUUUUUUCUGCCUUGGGUGUUGAAUUUUUAUUUCAAAAAAAUGUAUAGAAACUUGUAUUUGGGGAUUAAAAGGGGAUUGCUACACCAUGUAGAAAAAGUAUGUAGAAAAAAAGUGCUUAAUAUUGUUAUUGCUUUGCAGAAAAAAAAAAUCAUUCCUGACCUGUACUUAUUUUUCUCUUCCCACCUCCCUCUGGAAUGGAUAUAUUGGUCGGUUCAUAUGAUGUAGGCACUUGCUGUAUUUUUACUGGAGCUUGUAAUUUUUUAACUGUAAGCUUGUCCUUUUAAAGGGAUUUAAUGUACCUUUUUGUUAGUGAAUUUGGAAAUAAAAAGAAAAAAAACAAAAA